AUGCCAUCCGAUUUCUCUUUCUCACUCACUUCUAUGAUCCUAUUGCUAUUAUUUACCUCCUUUGCAUUGUCAUCGACAAUCAACACUAAAAACCACAUUACGAAACGAAUACUUAUGAAUUCGGACAACGCUGCAAGUAAUAAAAACAACGACUAUUCUGAUAUGGAUAAUCUCAAUAUGGAGUCCGCCGUGGUAGAUCAAGUUACAAAAGAGAAUAACAUAGAUAAAGACGACACCAAUAUGAUGACUGGUGGACCGAUGGGAACUGCUUUUUCGGCGAAAAAAAUGUCGGGUAAUGAUGCAUUGCAAUCAUUGAAGAGUAAGGAAGAGAAUGUGGCGAAAAAUUCUGGAAAUCAAAUGUCGUCCUCGUCUGACGAUGAGAAAAACCAUUCGUUUGUGUAUGGUUAA